CUGUCGCUCUGAAGCGACACUACACCAACAAAUUGGUAAAUAGCACCACUCGAACGCGUAUCCGUUCAAUCUACUUAAGACAAGAAGAUUAUCGAGUCUGUCUUCUCAGUCGUGCUACAGCGUCGUCUCAAAACACGUGGAAGUACCCUGAGGGAGUUGAAAGUUUUUUUGGGAAGCCAUGGAAGGCGCGCUGCGAUGAAACCACGAUCCAUUGCUUAACAAAAUUAUGUAUUUCAUUAACCAGACGUAAUUCGACAAAAUGAGAAAUACAAAUCCUGUCGGUUUAAAUUUCAUUAUUUUGAGUGGAUUGGCUUAAAAACUACACCCAGAUAGUUGUGAUCAUGAACGGAAUCAGUGUAUCGGUGGAGAAAGGGGCGGAGGUGAGCGUUAAAGAAUCGAAGAAGCGAAUGAGUGUCAAAGAAAAACUAAUGCAGAUCCGGUCCAAUAUUACAGUCGAACCGAUUAUUGCUUGUUAUAUUAUGUCCAAUGUAUUUUCGGGGUUGGCUGUACAAAACUUAAAUUUGGAAAAGGCAUGUAGAGUUAAUUUGGGCUACAGUGAUGAAAUUUGUUCAGCUUUAAAUCGACGGCAAACGGAAAAUUAUACAAUGGAAGAGUCGGAAGUGCAAAAAUUAACAGCGUCAGUGCAAGCUUGGAAAAAUAUCGUACAAACAGCAUUUCCAUGUAUUUUAGUUCUUUUUGUUGGAUCGUGGAGCGAUAAGACAGGUAAAAGAAAAGCUUGUAUACUUUUGCCAAUCGUUGGAGAGGUACUGUGUUGUACAAGUUUCAUACUGAACACAUAUUUCUUCUAUGAAUUGCCAUUGGAGGUCACGGCCCUCUCAGAUUUGUUUCCGUCGCUAACAGGUGGAUGGAUUACUGUUUGCGUUGGUGUAUUCAGUUACAUUGGUGACGUGACAACGAAAGAAAUGAGAACAUUCCGAGUGGGGGUUGCUAAUUUGUGCAUGUCCUUAGGAAUACCGAUUGGGAUGUCGUUAAGUGGAAUAUUAUUGCAACAAAUCGGUUACUAUGGAAUCUUUCUUAUAUCAAACUGCUUGUAUUUAACCAGCCUAAUUUAUGGAUACAUCCGUCUCAAGGAUCCAGUGAUACCUCAAGAGAGGCACAGAGAGCAGCCGGUGGGUUGUCGAGGAUGGGUCUGCUCCUUCUUCGACGCUCGACACGUGCGAGAGACUUUAACGGUUGCAUUCAGAAGUGGUCCACGGCGGAGAAGACUUCGUGUGUCUUUAUUAAUAGUUGUCGUGUGUGUAAUAUUUGGACCUUUACAUGGUGAAAUGAAUGUGCUAUAUCUCUUCAUGCGGUAUAGAUUUAAUUGGGACGAGGUUCAAUUCAGCAUGUUUUGUACAUACAGCAUUAUUACCAAUUUAGUAGGAACAUUGUUCUCCAUCAGUAUCUUCAGCGAUUUCAUGAAGUUGGACGACACCGUGGUGGGCAUUAUUUCCUGCACCAGCAAGAUCUUAGCGUCCUUCAUAUUUGCCUUCGCGAGUACAACUACAGAGAUUUAUAUAGCGCCCCUAGUGGAGAUUUUCAACGGGACAUCAUUCAUUGCGAUGCGCUCUAUCGCAUCUAAAUUGGUGACCAGUGAGGAGUUGGGUAAAGUAAAUUCUCUAUUCGGACUGGCAGAGGCUAUGAUGCCAUUGGUGUACGGGCCGUUGUACUCCAGGGUGUACAUGGCUACACUCAAUGUUUUACCGGGAGCUGUUUUUCUAUUGGGAGCCGGAAUGACAGUUCCUGCAGUGGCGAUAUUUGGUUGGAUGUAUUUCGAGCAGCGAGAAGACAACAAACAAGUUGAAGAAAUGGUCGACGUUAAUAAAGAUAUAUAAUUUAAAUAAAAUAUUAGUUAACAAUUAAAAAUAAUUAAG